UCUCACUCAGAAUAAACUGAGGGUCCGCAAGAGUUGCAGUCGUGCUGAGGGUGUUCAAGGGUUUGCUCCCACUCAGAGUAAACUAGAAUGUAAUUGGGUGUUAUCAGAUAUGCAUUGUUGUGAUGGGCCUCCGUGAAAGUGAAGAAACUUCCAGAAGUUUUGUCUUGUCUUGUCUUAUGUUCUGUUAAGCCUGGCUAGUCAUCAGACAGCUCCAGAAGAAGGAUGGAGGCACUUUACCACCAGACAAAUGGUCUGGUUCAUCAGAUGCAAGAUGGGUUUGCAUUGUUAGAAAGAGCAUCAGCUUCCGAAGCAGAAGGACAAGAGAGAGAAUUUAAUCUGGCCAUUGAGAACAUCAUUAGCAAUUGUAAGCGACUGGACAUUUUGGCUGACAAGGAGCCAGUGCAGAGGCGAAACAGUGCCAAACAACGUGUAAACCAGUUGAAGUAUGAUGUCCAGCAUCUUCAGUCAGCGCUGCGGGCGCUGCAGCAGCGCCGUAUGGCGCGGGACCGCGAGCGGUUGGAGCGUGAGCAGCUGCUAUCGCAGCGCUUCACCACCAACGACCAGAGCGACACGAGUAUCGCCAUCGACGCGGCACUCCAGAUGAACGACCGGCUCCAGAACUCACACCGCGGCUUGGACGAUCUGCUGAACAUCGGCAACUCGGCGCUGUCGAACCUGCGGGACCAGCGGGGCGUGCUGAAGGGCGCCCGCCGCCGCAUGCUUGACCUGGCUAACACGCUCGGCAUGUCCAACACAGUGAUGCGGCUCAUAGAACGGCGCGCCUACCAGGACAAGUUCGUGCUGUUUGGUGGCAUGCUCGCCACGCUCGUAGUCAUGUAUGUCACCUGGCGCUACCUGACCUGACGUGGCCGCGUGUGGUGCCGCCGGACCUGACGCCACUGGCCCGUGACCCCGGUGACCCCGGUGAUCCCCUCAGAGGUGCGCUGUUGCGGUGUGCUGAGGUCACGUGACGUCGCUGGAGCGGGCCGAUCCAUGCUAGCCUUGACGUGGAGAUGGUGGUGGUGGCGUAGGCCUGUGGUCUGCGCCGGAGCAGAUGGCGCGCGCGUGGCGUGCUACUGCGAGCGUCGUGUAACCCCGGCCAGGGGGAUGCAUUCCGUGUCGGCGGCGAGUUUCGGAGGUGUAUCGCAGUGUGCUCUGACAUGUCUGCCGGAUCCUUCUCUCCUCAGAGUCCCUCUGAUGUGGCUGUCGGGUCCCGCGUCCGCCACGCGAUGACCGUCCGUUGUGUCGUGUGCCGACGGCUUACACUGUGUCGUUGGGACUGGCUGUGCGGAAUAUACGCAGUAAUUUGAG